UUCCCCGUCGACGACGUUCUCGUUAAAUUCGCGGCUGUUUAUCGCGCAACGUCGCGAAACAGGAACUAAUGACCCUGAAACUUCGGAAAAGAUGACAUUUCUUUUAACGCGAGCGCGCGAGCGAGCGUUAAUGAUGGCGAGAGAAGCCGACCUUUUUAUUUUGAUAGCGAAUGCUCGUCCGCUUUGCUAUUAAUAUGGAAGAACGAUCAUUCGAUAAUCGCGUGACACUUUAGAGGGCGACUUGUAAAAAGUCGACGUUUAAAAAAUCUUUUAUGAUCUUUGUAUUCUUUCGGAAUCGUUUACGAAUCAACUCUCCCGUCUCUGUUUUCAGACGAAAAUCGAUAUCUUUAACUCAAGACAAGAGCUUAGGUCCGGUUUCACCGACGUUGUUUAACUUUAAGCUUAGCUUAAUUCGUUCGUUGUCUCUUUCCACCUGUUACCUUAGGAAUUAAGCUGAGCUUAAGCUUAGGCGACAAGUUGGUGAAGCCAGGCCUUAAACUCUUCCUAUAUUUCUCACUGGGUUUAUGAAUUAGCGUAAUCUCUGUUCGAAAUAAACUCUCAAAGAAUUGCCUUCCGCUGCGAAUUCUUCUUAAACUCUUAAGACUGUCUCUUAACAGAAAUGGGAAACGUUUCAUAACUCGGGGAAAAGAAUUCCUUUUGGAUUCUCUGUGUUCUGAAGUUUUACGAGGUGGUAACCAUAGAAGUCGAUAUUGUUGGAUCGUUACAGAAGCAGACGGAUAAUUGUGCGAGUGGCGAGCUCGCGAGAUCAUCCGCCAAAGAAAAGUGGUGGUUAAUCAUGAACGAACGAGAGGACAUCGCAAUUUCGAUCAUUCGAAUGGAGAGGCUUUUGGCGAUCGUGACAAACAAGAUAGAGAAAUCGAUUGAGAAACUUGGCGUUCACGCUUCGCCGUUGCUUCGAGAGAUCAUCGAUCUCGUUGGGCUUCUCAAGAAAUUUGUUACGUCCCGCAUGAAGAGGACUCCAGAGGCGGAACGCACGCACGCUAUCAAUUUGCACGAUUGCCGGGCGAAAGUAGCGGAAGCCAUGGCAGAGCUGGAAGCUUUGCGGGAGAUGUCUGAGGAACAAGACUCCAACUCCGAGAUCUUUCUGAGGGACAUUGUUACCUGCGUAAACGACGAGGAGAAGGUAAUACGAAGUAUCAGAGAGACGUCAGAGAUAAAGAUACCCGCAGAAAUAGAGCAAUCGAUGCGGGAGAUGCUGAUCGUGAGAGAACGAGAGGAAGCGCGAAAGGUAGUGCUACGAUCUGAAAUAGAUUCGGCAGAACGCAGAUUGCACGACGUUGUAGAAUCCAAUGCGACAUCCGAGAAGAUGCUUUUCGACGCAUGCGCACAAGUCGAACGGGAAUAUAUCACUCUCCUUGCUAAAUACGAUUGCGAUAUUGGCGCGUUUCAUAAGUUGGCAGAAGAAUUGUCGAGAGAGAAUGAGGCUGUUAAAGGAGAAAUUAAAGAAAUGGAGGAAAAGCUGAUCGUGCAACGAGAGCUGUAUGCUUCAUUCAAGAAGGAGCAAGAACUCGCGCUGAUGAAAGCUUUCGCUGAGAAACUGGAACUCUUCAGGCGCAAUCGAGCUGCCAAAGUUAUCCAAAGGGCAUGGAGAGCGUACUUGGAGCGUAUUUCCUUAAAGAAACGACGAAAAGCGAAGAAGAAAUGAUUGCACUUUCAUCA